AUGCUCUCAGCCUUGCGCUUGCUAGUAGCAGCGCUCCUCAUUUUGGUCCCUACAGCCUUUCUUAGACUUCUAUACAUCCUUCCCUCAACCUCUCGACGGCGCUCGAACCCCACCAAGCCAUCUGUUUCGCACAUGGUUGUGGUCUUAGGCUCCGGCGGACACACAGCGGAGAUGAUGUCCCUGCUGAGAGACAUAGACCCCAGAAGAUACACACAUCGAACCUACAUUGUAUCGUCAGGAGACAGUUUCUCAACUGGAAAAGCACUGGAAAUCGAGCGGACCAUCCAAGCCAAGCAAAAGCUUGGAGAGCAAAACCAUGAGCAGGACCAUGAACCUACGAAAGCAGGAGAGACAAGCCUAAAUACCGGAACUUGGGAUGUGAAGACUGUACCACGAGCAAGGAAAAUCCAUCAAGCAUUAUACACCACGCCAUUCUCGUCCUUAUGGUGCUUCAUCGGCUGUCUGCGCGCACUGAUCGAGACAGCGCGGACAUCUAAAGCUACGCCAUUUGAGUUCCCGGAUGUGAUUAUCACGAAUGGACCAGCUACGGCAGUGAUGGUGCUAUUAGCAGCUAUGUUUUUAAAGUUUGUGGCUGUGGCACCAGUGGGGAAGAUGAAGACUAUUUAUGUGGAAAGUUGGGCGAGAGUUAAGACGCUGAGUUUGAGUGGAAAGGUUCUGCUGAGGAUGGGUAUUUGUGACAGAUUUCUGGUGCAGUGGGAAGCGUUGGCGAGGAGGAUUAAUGGGGAGGGAGAUGGGAAGAAAAGGAAGGUGGAUUGGGUGGGAUUUCUGGUGGAGUAG